UGUUUGCACGUCUGUCGUUUUCAUUUGUGCAGAACGAUUUCCCCCCUUUACUCUAUGGCAUUUUCUUCCUCAGAGAAGAUGAGAUUGAUAUGUUGGAGCGCCUCUGGCUGUCGGGUAUCUGCCACAAUGAUAAGAUCGAGGUCAUGAGCAGUAAGCUGGACAUAGACAACAUGGCGGGGGUCUUCUACAUGCUGCUGGUGGCCAUGGGUCUGAGCCUCCUGGUAUUUGCCUGGGAGCACCUGGUGUACUGGAAACUACGGCACUGUGUGAAGCACUCCGGUGGGAUGGACUUCCUCCUGGCUCUCAGCAGGGUGAGAAAAAAAUGCAGAUAUCUCCCUUAAACCUCAACAACACUUUGCCUCUUGGUUUAUUGACUUGGCAUGAAAAACACUUCAAAGAUUAAAAGAUGUAUUUCUUGACUUGAGGAUCUUGGCAAGCUCAAGCGGCCUUAUGAAUGUAG